AUGGAAGCUACAGCAUUUUCGCAAGAGCUCCAAGAUCUCAAGGAAGAAUCAGCAAAUCUAAUAAAUUCAAUAAGAGAAUUUGGCACAAAAUAUCAAGAAAGAAACCAUUCAAGGCAAAUUCUUAUUGAAGAUCUUCGCGAACUUCUUCCUGAAGACCAAUUUCAGAGAUUUAGUGCUCUUCUAAAUGAUACAUUUGAGGAAAGUACAGAUUUUCCACAGGAAUCUAAACUAGAAAUCGAUAUCGAUCCUGAAGAUCCACUAACAUCUCUUAGGCAAGCCCGUGAACAAAUUAUGCAACAAUUAGAUCAAGGAGAGGCUUAA